CGUGUUUCAUGUAGGAAGAUUAAUGCCGUUGCGCCGUCCCUCACUACAAGACGUACCGGCUUCAGAUUUAGAUAAUCAGUUAUGAGCAUAUGCAGGUGACUGAAGAUGAAGCCAUCUUGAGGUUCAAACUCUGCAGGAUCUGAACAGUUUCAGACAUGCUGUCAAGACUUCUUGCUGCCGCCUGCCACUCUAUGAAGUGUACUUUGCCUCACUGGAAAGUCGCUCUUCAGAGGACUCAUUACCUGUCAAAGCAAAGGCAAUGCCUGCUGGGAACUGUGGUUCAAAGAAGGGCUCAUGGAUGGACUAAAGCACCUUCAUGGAGGUUAAACCAGAAGCCGGUGUUUGCCAGAGCAUCAGCAUUUGGAGACAGGCUGGCUAUUGUAGACAGCAGCGGCAGCCACAGUUACCAGCAGCUGUAUUCCAGCAGUUUACGUCUGGCAGGCAGAAUUAGCGCUGCUCUCAAAUCAGAUUUUGGGGGUCUGGAAGGCAAACGAAUCUCCUUCCUGUGUGCUAAUGAUGCUUCCUACACAGUGGCACAGUGGGCGACUUGGAUGAGUGGUGGGACGGCAGUACCACUCUACAGAAAACACCCCAAAUCUGAGCUCGAGUACAUCAUCUCUGACUCCCAGAGUUCACUGUUGGUGGCGGGGCAUCCCUACGGUGAAACUCUUGAACCACUGGCACAGAGGCUGGGGCUGCCAUGCCUGACACUGCCCCCGACUUCUGACCUAAGUACUUUAGAUGGGACAGACUCCCAAGAGAAGGAGACAGCGAUCACUGACUGGGCUGAUCGACCAGCGAUGAUUAUCUACACCAGUGGUACCACAGGGAGACCCAAGGGUGUUCUACAUACACACAGCAGCAUCCAAGCCAUGGUCCAGUGUCUGGUUUCAGAGUGGGCGUGGUCCAAAGAUGACAUCAUCCUCCACACCUUGCCGCUCCACCACGUGCACGGCAUCGUUAACAAGCUCCUGUGCCCACUCUGGGUGGGCGCCACCUGCGUCAUGCUGCCUGACUUCCUGCCUCAGAAGGUGUGGGAGAUGCUGUUGAGCUCCAAGGCUCCUGUGGUUAAUGUGUUCAUGGCCGUGCCAACAAUCUACUCUAAGCUGAUCCAGUACUAUGAUCAGCACUUCACACAACCUCAUGUCAAGGACUUUGUCAAAGCAGUGUGCAAGGAGAGGAUCAGGCUGAUGGUUUCGGGCUCGGCUGCUCUCCCUCUUCCCACGCUGCAGCGCUGGGAGGAGAUUACAGGACACACACUGCUGGAACGUUAUGGCAUGACCGAGAUCGGCAUGGCACUGUCCAACCCUCUCAACGGCCCACGCAUCCCAGGGGCUGUGGGGUUGCCGCUACCGAGUGUGGAAGUCCAGAUUGUCAUGAAUAACAAAACCAACAUCACCAUUGUGGAGGGCAGUCACAGAGAGACUCGGGAACGUCCAGGUCUGGAGGGCAAGGAAGGGGAGCUGCUAGUUCGGGGUCCGUCUGUCUUCAAGGAAUACUGGAACAAACCUCAAGAGACCCGAGAGUCAUUCACUGACGACGGCUGGUUCAGAACAGGAGACACGGUGGUCUAUAAAGACGGCGUAUAUUGGAUCAUGGGUCGCAGCAGUGUUGAUAUCAUCAAGAGCGGUGGCUACAAGAUCAGUGCACUUGAGGUUGAGCGUCAGCUGCUGGCUCAUCCGGACAUCACAGACGUGGCUGUGAUCGGGGCCCCAGAUGCUGUUUGGGGUCAGAAAGUGACUGCAGUGGUGCAGCUGAAGAAGGGGCAGAGUAUGACCCUGCCGGAGUUGAAGACCUGGGCAAGGGAGCACAUGGCGCCCUACACCAUCCCCACAGGCCUGGAGCUGGUGGAGGAGAUGCCAAGGAACCAGAUGGGCAAGGUCAACAAGAAAGACCUCCUGCGUCACUUCUUCCCAUGACCAGACCAUUUUGAUGCACAUGGCAGCAUAAAGGUGGCUGGUUAAAAAACACAGGUGUAGCUUCCUGGCUACAGAGGAAAUACAAUGUGUAAAGAGAAAAACAAUUUUUGACUUAAAGCAGACAUGUUAUACUAAAGGUUCAGGCAGGUUAUUACUAGAAUAGGAUUACCUGCUUUAGUGAUCAAAAAUGCUUUUACUGUCCAGUUCUGCCGCACAGUAUUCCCACUCUGUCUGAAACUGUUUUAGUAUCUGUCUCUUUAAGGCCCCCCCUCCCAAAUACCCAAUUUGUUCUGAUUGGUCAGCUCACACACACCUGAGCCAGCAUCGCUAGCAACAACAUAGCAGCUGUGCUAAAUGAAGUUUUAUGUGCCAAACUAGCUAGAUUAACUACAUUAUGCAAAUAUGUGACACAGUUACGUACUUUAACAUUAAGGAAGUCACUAAAUCAAAGGUUGACGGGGCGAACCCAUGAAACACUGAGGGAAAGAACAGAAACAAAAAGUAGAAUAGGUCUCCUUUAAAUUUGGAUGUAACAUAAUCAUAACACAAAAACUGUUCUAAAGGUAAUUCUGUUAAAUUAAGUAUCACUCAUACCCAUGCAUUUUUUAUCAAUUGCCAUGUCAGAUAUGUAAUUUUUUGAGGCACUUUGAAACAUAAUCAGGAGGAGAGAAAUUUGCACCUUAAUUGCAAAUGAAUUUAUCAUAAAAAGUCUGAAUAAUCUGACAUGCCGUUCAAAACAGUCCAACAUGUAUUGUACAAGAAAUUGUCAAGCAGUGUUAACUGGUACACAAUCUAAUGUGGCCCACUUUUGUAGGCUUUGCAAUCGUAGUAAUUUCCCAGUUCCAUACUACAUACUGUAUGUAUUCUAAACAGGUUUAAAGUAUGUUCACACUAGAAACAUGACAAAAAUACAGAACAGUCAGUAUUCACACUGAGUAAAUACUGACUGUUCUGUAUUGGGCUGCCCCAGUAGUUCAGUUGGUGGAGCGCCCGUCUCAUGUCCGGAGGCUGUGUGCUUGCCCAAGUGGCCCAGGGUUCAAGUCCAACCUGUGUCCCUUUGCUGCGUGUCACCUCCCCAAAAUAAAACGCGGGAAAACAUGUUGCUUUUUCUGCAUGAAGUUCAUUUGCCUGUGGCAUUUUUGGUGCAGUUUGUACCCUAUCUGCAGAAACCAUGGACAAUAGAGAAUAACCUAUAGUACAUAUUUUGUGCAAUUUUAUGCGGUAUAGAACUGGGUCAAAACAUUGGAUAUGUGCACUUCAAGUGAGUGCCCUUUAUGCACUGUGGGAUGCACUGUUCACUCUGCCUUAAGGAGAUGGGAACAGCUAUUUAAAGUCUGAUUUGGCUGAAUAAUUACACAUACACUAAAACAGGAUGUUCAUCUGUUCAAGUAAGAAUACUUAAAACACAUCAGUAACUACUGGUAAAGAGUGCGCGUAGUACUUUUUUAGGAAUAUGUUGAUGAUUUAUUUGUGAAAAUGGUGUAAUUAGAGAAUACAGUAUGACACUUUUGGUGGUGUGACUUGAAUUUAAGAAUCGUAACAAGUUAUACUCGUACCAGACAAAAUCAAAGACAAUAUGGUGGUGGAACAUGAUGAUCUUUGAAAUGUGAUAAGUGAGCAAAUACUGUUAAUAUUAUGUAACGUACACUGUGUUGCUUUUUUACGGGCCUAUAAACAAACAGAGACACAGCUGAUGAUAUGUACAAUAGUAGUUUGCAAGAGCUGACAUGCGCUUUAGAUGUACUCUAAAGCCAUAUGUUUACUUUUGUAUUUGACAUUACAGCAAAACUGUUAUGGUGGUUAUGUUAUGGAGGGGUUUGAAGAAAAACAGCAUCUUGUACUAAAACAAGUUCAACACACAACAAAGGUUCUGAUGAGGACAGGCUGAAAAAGUUAUAUAGUGCACCUUUAAUAUUGUUCACACACUGAUGCACUUGAAAUUAUAGAUAAUGUUUAUCUGAAAAUUAAAAAAAGUUUUAGAGAAUUUGA